GGUUACAGUUGAAAUAGAGAACGCGCAACACGUCGGUGAUUUCCCUCAGGUUCUCGCGAGAACUCCCCGCUCCACAGAUUUGACCGUUUCUCCGAAGAAAAGCUUUGUAACAUGGCCGACUCAUCCCCCGAGCGUCCUCAGGCGGACAAGGACGACGUGUUGGAGCUGAACAACGAUUUAGAGAAGAUGACAGAAUGCGUUGAAAACAUGUCAGUGCAGUUGACCUGGAUGGCCUACGACCUGGUGGCCCUGCGGACCAGCCCCGAGCUGGGGGCCCUCCUGCGGGGGCUGGAGGAGGCGUAUCACCGCUGCAGAGCCGCUGUGUGCGGAGACCGGAGCCAGGAGCCCGAGCUGGAGGACCGGGCUCAGAUCUGAUGUUGUUCUCCAGCUCACUGCUGAACUGAACUGAGACAAAGGGAGUGAAGCUGUCAAAGCAGAAUUAGAUCCAACUAUUAUUGUGUUUUGUUCAAGUAAAUAUUGUAAUUGCUGUGGCGAUCUUAUUGUUAAGGGGGAAGCAGGAAGUUCGAUGUAACUGCUUCUGACUACAUUCAAAUAAAUGUAUAUUUAAAAAAACACGUUUUAUUCAGUAAUGUAGACUGUAGUAUUUUGAUUUACAAACAGUUGCUGUUAAAAUGGUGUUCGUUUUGUAAGUAACUAAGUCAUUUGAUUUAUGCAACUUGUUAAAGUGAAUAAAUAAAAAACAUAAAACUA